CUCAGUUUCGCAACUGCGCCGCCCCCGCAGGCCGCCCCGCGGGGCCGGCCGGAGCGCUGGGGACGCGGCGGCGCCCGGCGGCCGCCCAGCGCCGGUCCCCGGCCACGCAGCCCGGCGCGCCUCGCUCCCCGGCGCUCCUCCGGCCGCGCGCCCCGCACCGGCGGGAGGCCCCAGCUCCCCGGCGCGCCCUCUCCGCGCACCUCCUGGCCGGCGCUAGGUGAGCGCGGACGCCCCGGGCGGGGGUGCCUGGGUGUGCGAGCGCGCGGGCAGCCGCGGCACCGCCGGCGGGAGCCGCUUCCAGCGCUGCGCCGAUGCCGCGGGCUGGCGGGCAGGCGAGGCUGGGCAAGGAGCGGGGCGCCGGGCGCGGUGCGGGACGCCGGGCGAGCGUAGGCGGCGGAGUCCGUGCCCGGCUCGCUCCCGCGGCCGGUGCCUCUGGGCGGGGGGCCGGGCUGGGGGCCGGGCCGGGCGGCUGGCGGCUCCGCCCCUUCGCCGGGCCGCCGGCUGAGCGCGCGAGAGCGGCGGCGCGGGGGCGCCCCCCUCGGCCGGGCGCUCGGGUUACAGCCGCCGCCUCCCUGCUCCCCCGCCCGCGCCUCGCCGGUUCGCCCGCGCCGGGAGACAGUGUAACGGAACUGGGACGCCAGCGCUGCAUUGUGGGAGCUUUUAAAGCGGCGGGGAGCGCGGCGCGGCCGCUCGGGCUCUCGGUUCCCCGCCCCAUACCCCCUGGCACUGCCCCCACGCCGCCCGGCCGGUCGCACACCCUCAGCCAGCCGAGGCCCGUGGACCCGAAAGCCAGAAAUGGUGAGAUGACCGGUGCCUCGCUGACUCUCACAGAGCAAAAUCUUCCAUAGCCCGGGGAUGAGACUUGCAAAACUGCCCUCCACCGUCACCCGGGAAAGUAGGAGGCUUUUUCUGCGGACGCUUAAAAAAAAAAAAAAAAAAGGCCCUUCCAUCCCCUCAGGACUGGGUUUGAAUUGCUUUUCAUCUGGAGUGGCAAUGAUUCAGCGACCCCCUUCUCAGCAGCAGGCAGUGACAGAGACAGGAGACGAAAAACACAGCGAAUGAAUCAGACGAGGGUCCUGACCUCGACUUUAUCAUGCAUCCGGAGGUGAACAAGUUGACUGACUCAUGACAGCUACCUUUCAUGUCACCAGCAUUUAAAUCAAGAUGAAAUUUGCUAUGAUUAAAUAUCUGUGUCC